UAGGAUGAAAGGCAAGCGCCACCGCCUGGCUGCCUGUGUGUGUUUUUCAAAUGUUUACUUAUUUAGUGGGGGUGGCAGCACAUACGGAGGUCAGGGGAUGAUCUGCAGGAGUGAUCUCCCACCGUGUGAGUUCUAGGAAUUGAACUCGGGUCAUCAGGCUCCGCAGUAUGUGCUCCUUCUGCUGAGGCGCUCCCUUCCCCAGCCCCUUCCUCGUACCACAUUGGGUAGAAAUGGCACUGACUCAGGAGAGGUGCGUAGAGGUGUUCCCUGCCAAAUCCGUCUAUUUAUCGGGACAGUAUGCUACAGUUGUAGACAUUGUGCUCUGUAGGCCUCCAUGUGUUUCUAGGGGGUUCUGGAGCUGUAAUUCGGUCUUCAUAGUCCUUGGGGUUUAGAAUAGGUGUGGCAUGUUUUUUAGUGACAACUGAAGGGCCUGGAAACUGCUGAAGAAAGCCCUUAUCUCAGCAGACUCUAUUGGAAGCAGCUGAUAGAUCCAGGGGCCUGGGUGGGGCCAGGAAAACCCCAAUCUACUGUGUUCCCACCUAAACAUCACAGGGUUCUCUGAGCCAAGUGUAAGAGCCCAUCCAUCUGUGCAAGAACAAACAUGCUUCUGCAAAACUGAAGAGUCCCCAUCUCUGAGGGGUGAAAAUAGCCCCCAGAAGGUGAAUGAGGCCAUAGCCAGCCCUGCCCUACUCAGCACUAAAGACUGACACGAAGGAAUGCAGUAGCCUGCAGGGAGAGUUGGAGCUGUGGUAGGCAGAUGAAGAGCAGAGCGCUGGGGGGAGUCAGAGGACAUGGCUGGGGCACUACAGUUCCUGCUCUGUCUAGUGGUAGUAGCUAUUGGUCUCCUCCCUCGGGUGGCUUUAGCUCAGAAUCAUGCAGGCCAAUCCAUGGAUAGCUCUGUUGUGGGAAGUGGCCUCCAGGAGCCAGAGGGCCCGGAACUCCUCUUGCAGCUGCUCUGGGCCAGGGUGGAAGUGGACAUCAUGGACAGCUGACAUCCAGGAUCCACACAUCCAAGCCGUCGACUCAGGCUCCUGCAGCACCACCUGCGUGAUUUGAAGGGUGCUAAGCAGUGGCUACAGCAAUUCUAGGAUCUUCAGAGAAGGCCUCUUAGCCUUCAGCAUCUGCUUCUUAUAGGCCUGGUGUGUGUCUAUCAGUUCCAUGAGACCAGUGAGGCUGAGGAGAGGGGUUGUUGGUCCCAGGUCUUUGCCCUCCUGACACAGGAAACACCGGACCUGUGCAAGAGUUUCUGUCCCAGGGAGGUGGGGGGGGGGGGAUCCUGGGCCUCCAUCCUUGACCCUAACCCCUGACCCUUCCCUUUCACUUGACAUCUCCCUGCUCAUCACCCUAUCUCUACCCUGGACAGGACUCCAUCUGGCUUCUGGUUCUUCCUAGUCAGAUCUCUGGCCUAGCUUGGCCCCUGGUUCUUGACCACUCAUGCUUAUUCCUAGUCUCGUUCCAUAGACCCAGCUAAGGCCUGGGUUUCGGCAAUAAGCACAGUGCUAAGGUAAGGGCAAGACUGGCAGCCAGUGGUUACAUGGAGGUAUGUCCAGAGGUCAGUGUUGAAAAGUGUGUUUAAUUUAAUACAUGCUGAAAGGAAAGCAGCCCUAAGGUAAAUCAUGUCAGCUCCUCUAACUCCUAUCCCGGCAGUCCUGUGAAAUAUGGAAACCCUGUGUGCCUGUCACCAAGUCUUAAGAGAUUUAUUUCAAAGCUAACCAAGACUCUGUGGUCUCUGAGACUGCAGAGUCCCCAUGUGGACUAGGAGCAUAGAUUGGACUUCAGUGGCUCUAUUUACAAGAGGCGUAGAGGGAAAAAGUGGAGGAACGUUACACCUCUUUGUGGAGAGGAAAGGAAAAGGUCUUUUGUUUCAUCUCAAGCCUCACAUGUAACAUCUCGGAGGAAGGAAUAAAGCUGGGCGAAGACCCUCGCAGAGAGACUGGCUCAGGCAGUGUAGGGGAUGUGUUGCCCUGAUUCUGUGUAGCUCUGUUCUGGCCUCCCAGGGCCCGUCUCACUUUUGUGCCUAAGACAACUUAGGCUAACGUGUGUUCUGAGCAAAUCACUCAGCCCAUUCUGGGAGGGCGGGAGGCAAGCAACCAGGUCCAGCCCUUAUCUCAGUCCCAUGCCCUACUGAAAGAAGGAACAUGCUGUUUCCUUGAAUCCUGUGUUCCUAGUAAGUUAGAGCAGUAGGAUGAUAUUCCCUGUCACUGAGAAGCAUUAAUUUGGGCC